UCGCGCAGCCCGGGAAAACAAGUUCAUACGGAUUCUCCGGAAGCCCGUUAGCAUGUGGCUAACCGGUGAACUGUACAGCGGGGAAGGAGACAACAUUCAACUAAAACAUUAAAACAAAAUAUUCAGAAUUACUGAAAUUAUUUAUUUACGCCAUAAAUCAAUGCACAAUGCCUUUAUUUUCAAAGCGCAAGAGGAACAGGAGGGACAUGAGGUGUGUGAUGUUUCCGGAGGACGUCAGGGACACCUUCAUCAGGAGGGGAACCUGUGAGACGCCCAAAGCAGUGAAGUCUUCAUGGGAGAGAUGUGGAGACAGCUUCCUGGACAUGCCUGUGAUGGAGAAAUGCAACGCUGCAAGACGGACAAGCAGGACUGUGCAACAGCUGGCACAGACGUCCGCAUCUGUGAGGCCUGCCCCAGGGGACGAGGAUCCCGUCCACAUCGCCUGGACGUCGAGUGAGGACGAGGAGUCUGACGAAGAACGCCAGCUCCAGCUUCCUCUCGCUAUCACCAAAGCUGCACAGAGAUCCAGACCAGAGGUCAGCGUGUCCGGCAGAUACAGACGCUUCCUCAGCACCGGAGCAGAGACAGACGAGCUUCCCACCAUCGAUUCAGAAAGUGAGCACGAGGACACUUCUACGUCAAAUGAGCAGAUUUCUCUGGUGGCGGCUGAGAUCUCUGACUACUCUUCUGAUAGCGACGGAGAUCCCGACCCCAGCCGACCGGACUCUCCCGCUGGGGAACCCGCAGAGCAGCCACAGAGGUCCAUCAGCGAGUGGGUGCGAUCAGCCCAAGCGCUGCUCCAGACGCCUCCGAGACAUGCAGAUAAGCCCUCGAAGACACCCGAGGGCUCUGGGAAAAAGAAGCGCAAGUUUGAAAGUGGAGGGUUCGCAGAGAGACUGAACAGGCUUCAGUGUCGACAAAGAUCAGCUAUAAGCUUCUGGAGGCACCAGCCUGUGUCCAGCAUUAACACAGGAACAGAGGAGAGACCGGGUGUGUUGGUGCUCCACGUCCAGAAGGUAUGGGAGGUUUGCGGGAUGCAGGCCGCGCUGUGCCGGAGACAUCCAGAGAGCGAGACGUGUGUCGCCCUGUUCAGCAGGGAAACAUCCGCUCAGCUCUCACCCAGCGCAGGAGACACCAUCCACGUCCAUCCGCCGUGGCAAAGCCUGACCGUUGAUGGGGAACGUCAUCCCAUCAUUCUCAACACACAUUUCAGCCAGAAAGUUUUAGGAAUGAUGAAGCAGGACAACAGUGCGACUUGCUCGAAGGUUCUGAGCCUCAAGGAAAAGACCAAACCAUAUCCUUUAACCAGGUGCUUAUGGAAAAGGGAGGAGAAUUUCAAGUCCUCUCAGGCGUCCAUCCCUAACAAACAGACCCACGUGGAUGUAGGAAGUGUGCCCAAGUCUCUCCUAGAGGCUUUGGACGCUUGUGGGACCUCAGGGUCUGUGUGUGGUCCUGUGGAGGUGCUGGUCCAGAGGAUCUAUUUCUACUCUGUUGCACAGUUUCCUCACACAAGCUUACUUAGACACCGAACUCUUAGCAAGUGUCUCUCUGGAACAGCAGAGCAGCAACACGUCAACAGGUGUUGUUUGCUGGUGCAGGACACUUACGGCAUGUUCAGCGAGGUGGAGAUGCAGUACGGAUCCUCAGAAGAGGAGCUUAAAGACUUCACAGAGCAGCUGCAGGGAAAAGUGUGUCUUCUGCAGGGGCUGAAGGUCAUCCAGCGCCUCACUCGUGAGAGAUGUGCAGAGCUCUUCAGUUUGAUUGACAGUUUGUGGCCUCCUGCGGUUCCUCUGCGCGUUCCCGGAGAAGGUUCAUGCUAUCAGGCUGUUAAAGCUUCAGCAGCACCGAGUUUCUGCUACAGACUGGCCGGACACCGGGACUGUGUGUCGACUGGACAUGAGUCACCGCUGUACCGCCCUCCAUUCAUUCAGACCCUCAGAGAGAUCUUACAGGACGAGCCCACGAGUCGGCGGUGCUGCAGCUUUAAGUGUACUUUGGUGUAUAAGAGAGAACCGGAUCCAGAAGAGAAGGACCUCUUGCUGUUUGUGACAGACUCCAGCCUGCAGGAUGAGAAGAGCUCAGGAAGCAUUAGCAGAACCCUACCUGUCUACAUCAGCUCCACGUUCCUGCUCCAGACGUCAGUCCGGCAAGCUGUCACUGCCCUGUCCCACAACUUCAGGCCAAGGCUCAUUUUCAGAGACGCUCUAAUCCAGCAAGGGAAGAUCAUCAUCUCGAGACAGUCUGUGGUUCAGCUGGACUCGGAACCAUCUGAAAAUCAGGAUGUUUCCUCUCCGCAGUGUGUUGCGCUGGAUCAGCUGAGCCCUGAGACUCCGCCCUGCUCUCUGUGCACCGUUACAGGAGUGGUGAUGGACAUCGAUGAGAGUUCUGCUUUUUCGUGGCCGGUCUGUGGUCAGUGUGGAGGCGAGUGUUUAGAGGCACUGGGAGAUGAACAAGACGUGUUAUCGUGUGCAGUGUGUGGAGUCGUGGACAAACCGAGCCGAAAGAUGCAGCUGGAAGUGUUUCUCAGCUGUUCCUCUUCAAGUCACUGGACUGUCAAAGUUAAGCUACAGCAAAACUCCAUCAUGUCCCUUCUAAACUCGACCGGACAUGCAGAGGGUUACGAGGUGGAGGCGGUGCUCGGGAAGAGCGUCGGCCCUCUGAGCGCCUUCGUCCGUGUGGUCACCCGCUCUUCCACCCUCUGGAUGGCUUUGGAGGAGAUCACACUUUGACCUGGGAUCACAAACACAUCUCUGUGUCUUUACCUCACUGGUCUGUCUAAAUACCAAAGCCAAUAUAAUUUUUUUUUACACCCUAAUAAAUCCGGGUACAAUCCGAGCCGAGCGUCUUUUUACGGCUGUCAUGUGAUAUGACGUGAAGCGAAGUGAUGUGAAGGACAUGUUCAUCAUCUUACUGAGCGUGUGCUGUGUGAAGAGUGGGUGCUAUUAAUAGGGCUGUUUUCAAAGGUGAAAGGGCGUGUUCUCAAAACUGAAAAGCGCAAAUAAAAACAUGUUGCUCAUGAUUGUUGAUGAAAAUCAGAAUUUAGACUAGCUUAUUUACAUAUUGUCCCCUUGGCCACACCCACACUCCUUAAGACCCUCCCUCCCUCCCUCCCUCUACCCCUCCAUUCACACUGACCACUUCUGAUAUUGAUAUUAAACUCAUUUCAUUUUAUUUCUAUCAAUAUUCCAGUUUUUUUUCUUUUUACAGACUUUAUAUAAAAUUUUCACUUUUGAAUACAAAGUAUGGAAUUAUGAAACAUGUACCAUAAUAUAUGACUUUUUUCUGUAAUAAUUUAGAAUACAAAACAAAAACAAAAAAAAUAUAACAUUCACAAAAUAUUAACGAAAAAUAUUCAGUUCAGGUGACUUGAUGCACGUGGAGCUACAGUCUUGAGUAUUCGAGUCGUGCAUAUGAGGUAUGUUUUCCAAAAACAAGUAAAAAAAAAAAAAAAAAAAAAAAGAAGAAA